GCUCGCCUCCCGCCGCCGCACUUUCACUCUCCGCCGCUGCGUUCGCUCAGCGUCCCGCCUGAGUCCGCCCCCCGCGUGCCGGUGCCAUGAAUGCCAAGGUCGUCGUCGUGCUGGCCAUCGUGCUGGUUGCGCUGUGCCUCAGCGACGGGAAACCUGUCAGCCUGAGCUACAGAUGUCCUUGCCGAUUCUUUGAGAGCCACGUUGCCAGAGCCAACGUCAAGCAUCUCAAAAUCCUCAACACUCCGAACUGUGCUCUUCAGAUCGUGGCGAGGCUGAAGAACAACAACAGACAAGUGUGCAUUGACCCGAAACUGAAGUGGAUUCAGGAGUACCUGGAGAAAGCUUUAAACAAGGGGCGCAGAGAAGAAAAAAUGGGGAAAAAAGAAAAGAUAGGAAAAAAGAAGCGACAGAAGAAGAGAAAGGCUGCUCAGAAAAGGAAAAACUAGUUAUCUGCCACUUCGAGAUGGACCGCAGUGCACGCUGCCCUUGUCUCCCCCGGCGCUUUGUAAAUUUGCUCUAACCCUCCUCCAGGGCAGACCCCUUGCCUUCCAAGCGGGGGCUCAGACCUCCGUGGAGGAGCGGUGCUCCUGUGGCCUGACUGGCCCCUGUAUUUAUGCGCAUUUUCAGGCCCUUCCUGGUCUGCUAAGUUAUGAAGAAAGUAGUUGUGCAGAGACUGGGGCGGCGGUCUGGGGUGAGGAGGAGACUGUGCUCGCAACUCUGUCUCGCGUGGCCCAGGGUCUCUCCAGCACUGCCCUGGGCUACCCAGCCUCCCACCCCGCCCUCCACUCCCUCUCUCCGAAGGGCCGGUGACUGCUCCGGAGCCCACAUGGCUCCACACAUUCGCCAUCUGUCUUCCUACUGAGGCCAGGGUGGGGCUGCCCUCCCCUGCCCUGCACAGAGCCGUGACUAGCCCAGGAGCGGGAGCCUUGGCCAGCAAGGGACAUGCACCUCCUGCCCUCCCCUUGACCAUGGCCAGUGCCGUCACCGCCUUCGUGGGGCAGCUGUGGCCGUGCCUUUUGCAGGUGCUCACUGACUUUUUUUCCCAAGUGCCUGCUGCUGGCCCUGCACCCCUCUGAUGCCCAGGGUGGAACUCGUCCGGCAGCGGCUCCCAAGGCUGUGAGAGUGGCUUUGCCUCUGAGCAGGGGUGCUUUCUGCAUGCCAGGUGUGGAAGGUGGGUGGGAGCUCCACAUUCCCAGGGAGCAGCUGUGGAAAUACUUCUCAGGGAGCCUCUGGGCCCGGCAAUUCACUUUACAGAUUCUUUAAACGGGUCCCCAAUGUGGAGGAACUGUGUGAAAGGCCUGUUUCUCCCACCCACCUCCUGCGGGGUGAGGCUCUGUGACCCUGUGCGAUUAGGUUCCAGGACACAGCUGCCGCAGCCCUCACUCAUAGGAAAUAUCCGCUUCAAGUGAACAUGGUGUUCUAGAAAGUUCUAGAACUUUCCUCAUACCACCCACAGAUUAAUGUCUAAGAUUUCUUGCCAAGUCUCUUUAAUUUGGACCAGAAGAAGGGGGAUCCCACGGGAGAGCAAGGCCCUGAUUUCAGUAAUACUUUGAGAAAGGACACCUCGAAUAUCUGGGCUGUUCUCCCCAUCCUCCUGUCCCUUAUAAACACUCAGCCUGCUCCCCAGGCCCUUGGUCGUAAUUCAGCAUGUGGACACAGAAAGAUGAAGUGGUUGGAGGUCAGAACAGAUGGAAUGAGGAGAAGAAAAUCUCAGGUCCCUGCAUGUCCCACUCAAACUGCAGCACUGUGUUCCCUUCUGCUUUAGUGCCGUCCUCUGUGACAGCAGCACAGUGCAUGUGGCAUUCCUUGUCUCCAUCAGGGAAGUGUCCUGCCAGGACGCUGCAGCCAAAGACCUUUUAGUCCCCAUCGCCAUCCAUUUAUCCAGCCGACUCUCAGCCUGCGCCCCUCUGGCCAGCCCUGGGGUCAGCAGACCUGCUCCCGGGCAUGUGGGGAGCCCACCCCCUCUCCGCCUCGGAAGGCAUUGGCUGUUUGCUGGUCUGCCCCGGGCUGCAGUCUUCUGUGGAAGCCAGCAGUGGACCUGGUCCGGGGAACCUUGGCUGGGGUAGCCCACCUCUUACAUAAGCAUCUUGGAGCCGGUCACACCUGAGGUCCCAGGCUCUCCAUUCUUGAUCCAGCAGGAUUAGCACAUCUCUGUGCCUAGAGAGGGGUGGCAGGUCCAACCUGGACACCGCAGAGGGCUACCCGCCAUCUAGCCGUGGUGAGCAGGGGGAGUUGCUGAGGGGACUAAGACAGCUGGCCCCACAUAAGAAAAGCAAACAAGCUCUAGGCUGUCCUUCUAUGACUCCACUGGCCUUGGGCCCUCACGCUACCUGACAAGCCAACCCGAUGUCCUGGAAGAGUGAAGAGCCAACCUCCAUUCCAUUGUGGGUUGAAACUAGGCAGUGCUCUCCCAGGGCACUCGGUCCUGGGCCAACCCCCGCAGUGCUGGCCCAGAGACCCUGGGGCCAGUCAGCAGGGCUGGGGUGUCGAUGGAGGUGGUUGAUGGUGCCAAGGCCUUGGAGGAGCAGGCAGCCUCCUCCGGGCUAGGUGUGUGUUGGGGCCACGCUGAGGCCGGGGGGGCUGGUAGCCCUCCAUGUGUGCUGGGCUCGGGCGGGGUGCCCCGCCUGCCCUGUCGUGUGACCACUGUGCUGUGUUGUCUGUCCACGUGCCCUUGUUCAUCUGCUGUGCCCCGUGCUGGCCGCGCCCUCUGUCUUCACUUCCCAACUUCCACCUCUCCCUCCGCUUCAGCCACCAGCUGCCUCUCCCCCCACCUUCCCCUUUCCCAGGGCCUCGGAAAGCCGGCGAUUUGGAAGUCAGGAGUUGGGGGCCCCGCCACCGCCGCGGGGGGUCUCGGCGUUUCAGGCAUGCAGCCUGGCCGCUGUGGGAACCCGCCUUAAUGGUGUCUCCCUCUGUUCUUGUUAACAGGAGGUUCAAGAUGUGAGAGGCGCAGGUGGGGUCAGACGCCUGAGGAAACCUUACAGUAGGAGCCCGGGUCUGAAAGCAGUGUUAGGAAGAGCCCGCAGUGGCUCCCCUGCACCCAGGCAGGGCCCAGUGCAUUUCCAAGGGCUUCGUUCUGCACAGUUUGCCUUAUUUUCACCAUUUGAUUAUGUAGCAAAAUAUAUGGUGUUUACUCUUCAUUUAGUUUGAUUAUCCAAUGUCACUGGUGACAAAUAGGAACUUAGACUAAGGCCAUUAUUUUACUUGCUAUCUUACGGUAUCUUCCCCAUGGAGCCCCUCGCCUGGCCCGAGGUUCCUGAGUGUUGUACCACCCUGAACUGUGCAGGCUGGGACCCCCGAUCACCCUGUCCUAGGAUGGAGAGCCACCAGGAGGUAUCAAAGCCCACCAGCCUGGGCAAACCCUAGUGAAGGCUGCCCUUGUGCAGGGGGUAGAGGAGGGCUAGGUUUAGAGGGCCAGGCAGAAGCCUCACCCUUCCCUGGAGUGAGGCGUAGGGUAUUCCCCUUCAGUGAGCAUCACAGAGCUUCCCCCAGCCAAGGAAGGCAGGAGUGUGAGGCUGGGGUAGGGGGAGACACGCCCCCAUCCUGAGCUCUUCUCUACAUCCCAUCACGUUCUUCUCAUCACUGUCUCUCUCAUCCAUCAUCAUGUGUAUCCAAGACUGUCUCCAUCACCCCGGAAAAAGACUCUCAAGACCAAAGCUUUCAUUUAAACUGGGCACCAAGAAGCAAAUCAAAAUGUCUCGUGUUACCAUGUUCUGAAAACACUGUGCACAUCUGUGUCUUGUUCGGAAUACCGUCUGUCGUCCAACCCUGUGUUCUUGUUCAAAGCCAAUGUCCUCGCUGCAUGCACUGUCAGCUCCUCGUAUGCAAAGGCUCAGAGUCAGGAGACGUCUUUUAACCAGGUUUCUGAUUAGGGCUGUGAGCCUCUUGGGUGGACAGCCUGGGUUUCUCCACGGAUCGCAAACCCAGGAUGGAUCCACAGAGCCCAAGGGAAUUCGGUUUUCAGCUGGGCUGAACUGUGAGGACGCCAGCCCUCCCUCCAUGCUUCCAUAGGUGUGAGUAUCUCAGAACCACGGAGAAUUUUGUCUCCGUGGCGCCAAGAGCGUGAUUCUUUUGGCCGUCACAUGAAAAGAAUCCUCAACUCUUUUUUGGUUUUUGAAAACCCAAUCCACAGAAUAAUGAAUCCUGGACAGGAAGAUUCUUUCCCAGUUAAAAUCUAACCUCAUCUUUUUCCCCACUUGGCAAUCCCAUCAUCUGCUCCCUUGUAAAGUGGUCUCUGGACUUGGCCGCUGGAAUUGCCUUGUGCUUCCAGAAUGUCCAGCAGGGCAUUCCUCCUAGAAAAGGGGACGUUUGGGAAAGUAGGUUAAAACCUUGACAUGUAAAGGGUUUCCCUUUACUAAGAUCAGUUUGUAGAGUUGCAUUAAGCAGUUUUAAAAUACCACUUUUUGAACAACUAGGCAUUUGAGGGGUUUUUGCUUAUUGUCUUUGUUUUAUCUUUCGUCUCAUGAAUACUUUGUCCCUUUGGUUAAAUAGCCCAGGGAAAAUUUUUAAAUUAAGAAAGAAAAAUAGAAGGCCAAAACCGGGAAAUGUAUCCAUCGAUAGGACACUGUAAAUACUAUAGAGAAAUUAUAUUAUAAUAAAAUAACCUUGAAUUAUAGAUGUUUUUAGAUAUAAUCAUCUUUGGGUUGUCAAGAACAUGUUUAAAGCAUUUCCAUAAAUAUUCCUUUAUAUAGAAUCUUCAGGUAGAAAGCCAGUCCACCAAACAAAAAACGUGUAUCUUCAAGUCAGUUAUGUUAUAUUGAAUAAAAUAGAGUACAAGGGCCUUUAUUAACUGUAAGGAAUAAAGAACUGAUCUCAGGACCCUCUUCUGAAAUUAAGUUAUCACUGCAGGUCUCCUGAACUAUACUAUAGGUGAAAUGAUCGAAUUUUCAGUGGGAUGGGCAUUUUCUAAGUAAUCCAAGAUAAUUUAAAACUCUCAUGGAAAAUUUGGAGCCGUCCUCCCCUGGAAUCCAUGAACCAGAACCAUUAAAUCUCUUGCUCCCCAAAAAACAAGGCUCUAAAUCUUAACUGCAGUCAAAAAAAGAAUCAUUCCUUUCUCCCCAAUAGAGGGAAAAAUAGAUAAGAGUAGAAACUGCAGGAAAAGUUCUCUGCCUAACAAUUGCCCUUCUUGCACUCUGCUCCUGAACAAAGACGGCCUCUUGAAAGCAAAUAUGCAUUUAAAUAGUCUAUUUGCAAAGGAAAAGGCUCUCUUGAUCCCCUUUUGCUUUAAAAGUACAAGUCAAGUGCAUCCAUGGAUUAGGAGUCUCCGGCUGUGCCUCCCUGUCCAGUGCUGCUCAACCUGACCUUCCCUUGGGCUCCUUGUAACCCCCAGGGCAGUCCUCCCUCUGCCAGCCUUUGCAUCAGGACCUGGGCAGCUGUGGGGCCGGGCUGGGGACGGGACUCGCCGAAGUGCUGUGUGUUUAUAUCCGAAUCUGCGCCAUGUGUCGUGUGUACUGUUCUUCGUCCAGCCCUGCUCAGGCGCUGAGACCCCAGCGAGGAGGCUCAGGAGAGGGACUCUCUGCGUGUGGGCCUGUCCUCCGGAGCAAGGAGGCUCAGCUUGGAGCACACAGCCUGAAUGGCAGAAGGUUGCAGUCCCCGCUGUGUGAAGCCCAGAGAACUCCUAAGAAUUUUCAUUGGAUCCGAUUUCACCUUCCUUUUCUAACUGCUGCCUGAUGCUAUAGCCAUGGGCUCUGGGCAGGGAGUUUAUCAGCCCCCCAAGCCCCUGCCCCAGGGGGUGCACCCUUCCACAGCAGGAUGAGAAUUGUGGGGUCCCUGUACACAUCCUCCCUGACCCAUUCCAAGGGAUCCCCUUCCCUGGGAAGUGCUCCCUAGAAACCUUUAAGUCCCAUAAGCAGACCACUGACACGGCCAAGUUGAAAAAAAAAAAAAAAAAACCUCCAAGCUACUUGUGGGUCCGUAACCUCGCUGGUGUCUCAGUCUCCCAAGCAGUGAUGGGUUCAGUGUUAAAUGUGAUGAAUACUGUAUUUUGUGUUGUUUAAAUACAUCUCCCAGAUAAUGUGAAAAUGGUCCAGGAGAAGGCAGCUUCCUGUAUGCAGUGUGCUUUUUUUUUUUUUAAAUAACAAAUAACUUCUUUUGAGAAACAACCAUUUCUACUUUGAAGUCAUAUCAAUGAAAAGUUGUAUAUCCACUUACAAUUUUCCUAAUAAAGACAUGUAUUCAAAUGUA